AGGACUACCUCUAAUUAACUCCAGGUCUAUAUAAAGACUGAUACCCCAAUUCUCUCUUCCAGAAGGUGAGGAGGACGAAAGAAUCUACCCGGGAGAGGAUCCCCAUUACUGUCCGAUGUACGGCAAAAGUUUUGGUGAUCCGUCGGGCCUCAUUGAUCACGAGAGGCCCAAGGGAACUGAGAAACGAUACAAGUGUGCUGAUUGCGGGAAGGGCUUCAAGAAACGAUCGGCUCUCCUCACCCACGACCGGACUCACACGGGAGAAAAACCCUACAGAUGCUCAGAAUGUGGGAACAGCUUCAGUAACAAAUCCAGCCUGACCAGACACAAGAGGAAACACACUGGAGAGAAGCCUUUCGGUUGCUUAAACUGCGGGAAGCGUUUCAGCCAGAGCUCGAGUUUAAUCAGGCACAUGAGGAAUCACACCGGCCUGAGGCCUUACAUAUGCUCAGACUGCGGCAAAAGCUUCAAGCAGAGCUCCAGUCUUCUAGUCCACGGAAGGACUCAUACAGGGGAGACCCCGUAUAGUUGUUCCAUCUGUGGGAAACGCUUUUCCCAGAGCUCAAAUCUUGUGAAACACGAGAGGAUCCACACUGGGGAAAAACCUUACCGAUGCUCAGACUGUGGGAACACCUUCACUAACAAGUCCAGCCUCACGAGGCAUAAGAGAAACCACACGGGGCAGAAACCCUACAAAUGUUCCCAGUGUGGGAAAAAAUUCAAGCAAAGUUCAGGCCUUCUGAAGCACGAGAGAAUCCAUACACGGCCCGGCUUCUUGAAUUAUUCUCAGCCCGGCUUGAAUCCAGAUUCCAAGCUGCCUGUACGUGAGAGAGGCCAUGUUGGAGAGAGCUUAUAAAUCGCUUGCAUUUUCUAAGCCAAGUUUUAUUUGACAUAAGUAACCGAGGAUGGACUCCCAGGAGGACUCACUGGAAGGACUCACUGGAGAAGAGCCUAAUGCUGGGAAAGAUGGAGGGCAAAAGAAGAAAGGGACGACAGAG